AUGUACUCCCCGAUUUCAACAUUGCCACCAGAAAUUCUCAUUCAGAUUCUCAAGUAUCUUCAUUCAUCUCGAGAUCUUCUCAGCACUCUUCGUGUUUCACGCACUUGGUGCGAGUGUGCCGUAGAACUCCUAUGGCACAAGCCCGCCUUUCCCAAGUACGCUACACUCGAGAAGAUGGCGAAACUGCUCAAUAAACCCAAUCAGACCUUUACCUACGCGCGCUUCAUCCGUCGCCUCAACUUUCUUUCCCUUGGAUCCGACCUCCGUGAUGACAUAUUCUCCCUAUUUAUUCGCUGCGACCGCCUCGAACGCUUAACCCUCGUCGGUUGCGCACACAUAUCAGGCAACAUCCUUUUCAGAGUUCUCCCCGCUUUCGUAAACGUUGUUGCCAUUGAUCUCACUGGAGUCGCACAGGCUUCAACGGAAGCCAUUGUCGGGUUUGCCUCUGCAGCUAAGCGGUUGCAAGGCAUCAAUAUUUCAGGAUGUAGUCUUGUUUCGGAUGAUGGAGUUCUCGCACUAGCAGCCAACUGUCCCCUGUUGCGAAGAGUCAAAUUAAGUGGUCUAAAUCUACUCACCGACACGCCCAUCAUUGCCCUGGCAGAAAACUGUCCAUUCCUUCUCGAGAUAGAUCUCAAUGAAUGCGAACUCAUCACGGACAUCUCAAUUCGCACCAUAUGGACUCACUCUGUCCACAUGCGUGAGAUGCGACUUUCCAAUUGCCCAGCCCUGACGGAUGCUGGGUUUCCUGCGCUUCACCAUGACCUUCCACCCCUCUUUCUGUCGUCCUCCUUUGAGCAUUUACGCAUGCUAGAUUUGACCGCUUGCGCUCAGCUGACGGAUGAUGCUGUGGAAGGUAUCAUAUCUCAUGCGCCCAAGAUUCGAAAUUUGGUGCUAUCAAAAUGCAGUCUCCUCACCGAUAGGGCUGUUGAGGCUAUAUGUAAACUUGGGAGGCACCUUCACUACCUUCACCUUGGCCAUGCUAGUAAGAUCAAUGACCGUGCAGUUCGCACGCUGGCUCGAUCUUGCACGCGAAUACGAUAUGUUGACUUUGCCAACUGCGCAUUGCUAACGGACAUGUCGGUUUUUGAGCUUUCAGCGCUACCUAAAUUACGCCGCAUUGGCCUCGUCCGAGUAAAUAAUCUAACAGACGAGGCUAUUUAUGCCCUAGCAGAACGACAUGCCACACUGGAACGGAUUCACUUGUCAUAUUGUGAUCAAAUAUCUGUCAUGGCCGUUCACUUCUUGCUCCAGAAGCUGCACAAGCUUACUCACCUCAGUCUCACUGGCGUGCCUGCGUUUCGUCAGCCAGAGCUGCAACGAUUCUGUCGAGACGCACCCAGAGACUUCAACUCCGCACAGCGCCUCGCUUUUUGCGUGUUUUCUGGAAAAGGCGUGUCACAACUCAGAGCCUACCUG